AUGGAGGAUAAACUGGACCAUGACUCUGCCACCCGCCUCCUGCAGAACGUUCCUCCUGCCGGGAAACACGUGGGUGCCGCGGCCCCCAAGCUGAUGCAGUCCACGGCCCUGGCGGCAGCUAUAAAAGGCCGGCGGCAGCUGGAGACGCCGUACUGCCCUCCCAGCGCCGACGCCAUGCACCGUCUGCUCGUCUGUCACUUCCUGUUGGCGGUGUUCUGCCUGAUCGGCGCCACGCCGACAAAGGAAGAAUGUGAAGAGCUGCUCAAGCCGCUGUCUCUGGAGGACCGCUCUGUGGCGCGCCACCAUUGUGGCAGAGACCCGGCACAGCCCCGAAUCCUGGCUUAUGAUCCUCUGGCAGGGACCCCAGGAGACCCCCGUCAGAUCAGCCACCUCUCCAACGCCCCGGCGUCGAUCUGCCAUCACAGCCGUUUCAAUUUCCCCGACAAUUUCGGCUGUGCGGGAGGAACCAUGCUGUUGGGCUUCGCCGACCACGACGCCUUCACCACCAUGCUGGAGGUGCUGGAGAAAUCCCACAUCAGCAUAAAGCAGAAAGGCGUGGUGAGCUUCACCGCGGUGUACCACAUGCUGCCGAGCAGCGAGAACAGCUGGGCGAUCUACGUGAACAGCAGCGGAACUGACUUCGGCCAGACGGCGAGGCUGAUGAACCUGAACAUCCAGCUGGAGGGCGACUUCAGUGCCCAGGCCCUCUACUUCUACGCCAAAAACAUAACCGCUGUGACGGACGCAGAUCAAGAACGGUUCCUGCAUCAGGCCAGCUGCCUCGGCUUCACGGGGAACUCCACCGUCACGUACGACGAAGAGAAAGCCUGGGACCGCCUGGCCGCUCCAGCGUCCAUCAGCAGACCCUCAGUGUCCCCCCAGCUCACCGAGCAGACGGGGCUGUCCCACACAGAGACAGAGUGUCCUAUCGCGGGCGCCUGGGUUCUGGUCUGGGCCGUGGCCGACGCCGAUCAGAGACUGGUGGGGACAGUGUCCAGCUCUCACCUGGAGAUCGGGCCGCUGACUGACAACACAACCAUGGACUUCACCGAGAGGAACGUGUACCUGUCCAACAAGACGUCCUGCACACAGUACCGCUGCAACAUGACGGUGGUCCAGGAGGACAACCUCACAAUACACGGAGAACACAUAGAAAUGGAUACAGACGGCGUGAGUCACUUCUACAAUGAGACAGCCGAUGUGGACGUCUACAGUCCUGGAAACAACAGUCUGCUGCUGGUUUACAGAGCGUCACAGAGCGGACGAUACGUCCUGAGCUACAGGAAGGAGGGCCACCAUCGGGCUGUAGACCAGCAGACAGCCGAACAGGAACUCCUGAUCAGAUUUGCAGAGUGUCUGAAAAUCCCCACAGAACAACCGUACGUCUACGACGGAGUGUCAGAUUUUUGCCAUAAGAAAUCUGCUCCGGAGGCGGAACCUGCAGAGUCCUGAGAGGAACCAGGAGGGUUCCACCUGAGACCUCAUGAAAUAAAGACAC